AUCACUCUCCACAACGCUGACGACGACGACGGCGACGACAAGCAGACGACAGCCAUGGGUACGAUAGAGUACUCCUCUGCCGCAAUUUCUACACUUUACAGGCUUCUUGCGUACUGCUAUCUUCGUGUCGCUCCUAUACGACCUCUGAAGCUUGUCAUCCCCUCUCUAUACAUCGCAUAUAUCACAUCACUCUUCUUCGUCUCGACUCCACCACCGAGGGUGCCAGAGAAAAACGAGAUCAAAGAGAAGACAGAGAAUGGCGAAAGUGCUCAGGAAUCACAACCUGAAGUAGCCGCACAGGGCGACUCCAAUUUGGCUUUGCUGUUCUCUCUUCCUUCAAGCACUUCUUUGAAGGUCAAGACUUUUGUCAUCAACACUCUCAUAGCGCUUGCCUCCCUCGAAUUCACCCUCUUCCCCUAUUUCGAUGCUGCUACCGACGUUGUGUUCUCUCGUGUUGGUGCUGUCUACCCGGAUGCUGCCAAGAUCAUAGUUCGUUACCCCGCCGCAAACGCUACAGAAAACGCCGUUCAACUUCUGUGGCGUAAAGCACCAACUGGAACCGACGCCACAUCUGCUGCCGAGGCCUGGAUAGACGGUCCCAUCCUGGAACUGAACCCAUCACACGACUGGGCCAACACGACGAAGCUUGCUGGUCUUUGGCCCAAUACUGAAUAUGAAUAUGUUCUCACAGACUUAAACAAGACCACGCUCGAUUAUCCCGCCACCCCUCUCCGAUUCCGUACCUUCCCCGACCCCCGUCUUCCGGGUGGCUCUCGUUUCCGUUUCGUCGUCUCAUCUUGCACUACGCCCAACUUCCCUUACACUCCCUUCGGCGGUCGCCGUAUCAAGGGCUGGGAACUCAUGGCCGACUACCUCGCUGAACAAGACAAGUCUCUGUCUCCACCUCCCGCCUCAAAAUCCGAGGCCGCUGAUCCAGUUCCCAUUCCGGAACCCGAGACUACGACCGAAGAGGCUACGGAGACCGAGUCAGUCGAAGCUGCCGAGACGCCAUCCGUAAAUGACACAGAGGCGGCACCACAUGUAGCGGUCGCUUCUGAGCCUGCAACUGUAUCAGAGACCGAUGCAGUAGGGAAGUCGCGUGUUGAGUUUGGUCUGUUCUUGGGAGACUUCAUCUAUGCGGACGUGCCAAUGUAUUUUGGUGACGAUUCGGAAUCAUAUCGCAGGCUGUAUAGGAGGAAUUAUCAGAGCACUGGAUUCAGGAAAGUCUAUGAGAGGCUACCAAUCUUCCACACUUACGAUGAUCAUGAGAUAUAUAACAACUACGCUGGUCAAGCCAACGACUCGAACCCUCCCUUCCCCGGGGCCUCAAAUGCUUUCGAAAUCUACAACGCCGAGCCCAACUUUGAGCCCAUCGAAGAGGGUCAAUACUACUACGACUUCCGCUACGGUGACGCCGCCUUCUUCGUCAUGGACACCCGUCGCUACCGCUCCGACGUUGCAACAGAACCCAUCUCCUCGCGCACCAUGCUCGGCGACAAACAGCUCACCGCUCUAUACGACUGGCUCGGCCGUGUCAACAGCACCGCAACAUUCAAAUUCGUCGUCAGCUCUGUCCCCUUCACCGAUCUCUGGACACACGAAGCCCUCGUCGACUGCUGGGUCGCUUUUGCGUCUGAGAAGGCCGCUCUUCUCGAUGCGUUCCAUUCUGUGCCGAAUGUCAUUGUGCUCUCGGGCGAUAGGCACGAGUUUGCCGCGAUUGAGUUCAACAGUCCGAAGCAGGACGGACACAAUGUGUUGGAGUUCUCAACGAGCCCGUUGAGCAUGUUCGACGUGCCGAUUUUCAGGACAUUGAUGAACCAGACGGAGGCGACGGUACAGAGAAAGAGGAUCGAGGUCAAAGAGACGGAGGAAGGGACAGACGUUGUAGAGGUUGUCACUGAGAUCCCCCAAGAGAGGACUUUGAAGUACUUGCCGCGCGGGAACUACAAAUGGUCCGCAAUCGAAAUCGACACAACCGACUCUGAAAAGCCUACGCUCAAUCUCGAAGUCACUAUUGACGGAAAGACCGCCUACUUGCUCACUGUCGUUGGCAAGCCCGUCAAGCUGAAGUCCACGACUGCCAUCGGUGCCUUCGUGCCAGACGGCAUCAAGAACUUCCUACUCGACACAGUCGGUUUCGCCCCCAGCCGAUGGUUCUGAUCAAGCGUGCUUCAUGCCCCCUGACUGAAACCCGCCGACGCUCGGUUCAACUACUGUGUACCAUGUGCACAUGUACGAUACUCAUCUACAUUCUGGAUGCGAGAGUGACUUCGCUUCUAAUGCGAUACUUGUACACCGACGAUAUCGAUCCCAACUUGCUUUAGAGGGCACUACCGAAACCUUUGCUCUACGUACGGAUACCGGACUGAUUAUUUGCUUAAAAUGGAUUGAGAUUGUUCGAGUCACAAGCAGUGCAAUGGUGGGGGUGCUCAGGCUGAAUCCAAUAUUUACUUAUUCCCCACCAUCCGAGUCUCUAUCAUGGUCACCCGUAGUUUCACUAGUACUAGUGCUGGAGAACCGCUGUUGUACCUUUGCGUAAUGCUCCAUCUCUGAUUGAC